AUGCAAUUCCUCCUCUACCUAGCCAUUGCAGCUUCUCUCAUACAAACCUCCACAGCCCAACUCCCCCCGAUCCCCCCCCUCAACCCAAUCCCCUCCUACAGCGGCUGUCCCCCAGACGGGCCCCUCCUACCCCAACCCACCAACCUGUCCCAAUCCAAACACAUCAAUAACGCAGCGCACACCCUAACCACAGCCUUAGACUCAGCCCUCAAGGGCGACAUACGAGCUGGCUGGCCGAUAGACAACGUCUCCUUCUCCAUAGGACUCGUCUCUCCCAAUGGGGGACAGGGCGCAAAGCCCAUCUGGGAGUAUCAUCAUCGGGCAGCGCUCAGCUCCCAAGGGACUGAGACUGUCACCGGCGACUCGCAAUAUCUUAUUGGGUCUGUGUCGAAGGUGUUUUCCGAUCUCUUGCUGCUGAAGGCUGGGGUUGAUUGGCGUACCCCGGUAACGCACUUCUUUCCUGAGCUGGCGGCGCCGGAGUCUGCUAUACCCUGGAGUGAGAUCACGCUGGAGACGCUGGGGGAGCAUCUGGCGGGGAUUCCACCGAAUUACGUGUACGAGUUCUACUAUCUCCAGCCUUUUUACGAGAGUCUGGGCCUGCCUCAUCUCGAUCCAUCGGACUAUCCUCCCUGCGGUGUCGUAGGGCUGAACGGUACCAAGGCUUGUACUCGACAAGAAAUCCUCCGUGGUCUCCUGUCUACGCUGCCCGUGAACCCUGUGAACUCCAGGCCUACCUACUCGCAACUGUCCUUCCUCCUGUUCACCUUCUGUCUCGAGCAGGCUACCGGGAAGAACUACUCAACUCUACUGCAUGAGACCAUCCUGCAGCCGUUGAACUUGGCCAACACUGGCGUGUCUCCUGGAAACACCCAACAAGCUGUGAUCCCACCAGGCCCCUCCUCCUGGGGAUCCGACUUUGGAUUCAACGCCCCCGGCGGCGGCCUCUUCUCAACCCUCAACGACCUCAACACCCUCGCCACCUCAAUCCUAGCCCAUACAAUCCUCCCCACCCCCGCCGCCGUCCGCAAAUGGCUCAAACCCACCUCAGUCACAAGCUCACCCAGCACCCUCGUUGGCUCCCCCUGGGAAAUCCUCCGCACAACACACCUCAUCCCAGAUCACCCGCACACAGUCGACAUAUACGGUAAAUCUGGCGGUGCCCUAGGCUACACUGCCCAAUUCUCGCUGGUAGACCAGUACGGUGUGGGUGCUGUCAUACUGACAGCUGGGCCUGUUGGCGCGUUGGAUGUAUUGUAUCAUGCUGUGUUGGGGACGUUUCUUCCUGCUAUUGAGGCGGAGACCCGAGCCCAAAGUGCCAAAUACACAGGGAAAUGGACAACACCAUCACAAUCACCAUCACCAUCACAACCACAACCACAACCACAAUCAAACAAUAAUAUAACCCUCUCCCUCUCCCUCGACGCCGGACCAGGCCUCCACCUCACCACCCUCACCCAAUCCAACACAUCAAUCAAAGACGCCCUCUCCAAAAUUUACAAAACCCAAUACACCCCCCUCGGCUUCGGCCUCCUCUCCCCAGACAUGCGGCUUUACCCCACCGGAAUCGAAACGCCCGUCUCCCCCGCCGAAGCCAGUUCCCUCGGACACCCCUCAAAAAGACUAGUCCGGCAAGACUGGAGAAUCAAUCUUGAUAUCGUCCCGCUUGACGGAGGGGCUAUGUCCGAUUUGCCGGGCCAAGGAGGAUGGAACAGCGAUGCGUAUUGUGCGGGGUGGCAGAUGGGGGAUUGGAUGAGGUAUGGGGGGGAGGCGCUGGAUAGGGUGGUUUUUGUUGUUGAUGUUGGUGGGAAUGGGGAGGUGGUCGGGGUUGAAGUGCCCGGGUUGAGGAGUGGGAUGUUGGUUUCCGCUUGA